AUGGUACAAAUGAAUCAUAAAAACAUUGAUCAAGGUUGGGCAUAUGUUGUGUUGACAAGUUCGUUCUUUAUAAAUGUGAUAUGUUACGGUAUCGCCUGGAGUACUGGAGUUUAUACCGGGAUAUUCCUGGAUGUGUUUCACCAUCCCAACUCUGUGACAGCAUGGGUAGUGUCAUCACCUGCAGCAAUAAUGUAUGUUACAGGACCCGUUGCAAGUGUUUUGACGAACAAGUAUGGUUUCCGACCAGUUAUAAUAGUUGGCGCGGGACUGGUCAGCGGUGGUCUGUGCCUGUGUUAUUUUGCACAUAAUCUGUUUGUUAUAUUGUUCGCCUUUGGAGUCAUAACAGGUCAGUUGGGUCCAGCGUUUGGGACAGGCCUUGCAUUAGUUUACAUUCCGGCGAUGGCGGCACUUUCGUGUUACUUUGACAAAAGGAUAACUCUUGCAGCUGGAAUUUCAACGUCUGGUGUAGGCGUAGGAAUUUUGAUUUACCCCCCUCUUAUUCGCUGGUUAAUCAACGCAUAUGACUGGAAACAAAGUUUCUUGAUCCUUGGUGCUGUUUCAUUAAAUAUGUGUGCAUUAGGACUUCUGAUUCGUCCUGUGAAAAGUAAUGAAAUAAAUCAAAAUCAGCCUUUACUAGAUUUAAGUCCUUUUAAAAAGUUAGGCUAUAUAAUGGUAUGUGUGAGUAUAUUUUUAUAUUGUUGUGGUUUAUCGGUUCUUUUCAUACAUGUAGCUUACGGUGAACAAAUGGGAAUUGAUCCGGAUAAAAGUGCAUUAUUAAUAUCUGGACUUGGAAUAGCUAACCUGCUCGGGCAUCUAGGAUACGGUGCUGUCGCUCAACACCCACGUGUAAAUACUUUUAAUUUGUACAGUGUAUCGUUUUUUUUUGUCUGGCGUUUGUAUCUGCCUCGUUCCAGUAUUUAGUUCAUUUUCGACUUUGAUGGCAUGCUCGAUUAUAUUUGGUGCACUUUCAGGCUGUUAUGGAACAUUGUUAGUGAAAAUUUUAAUCGAUCUACUAGGUCUUCAUCGAUUUUCAAAUGGCUACGGAUGUCUACUGUUGUUCAUGGCUGCCGGACAAGUAAU